UCCUGCCCUGCGCUGUGAGAAGCGGACGUUUGGCGGAAGUGAAACUGCGAGCAGCUGCUGUGUAAACUUCAUGGAUGAAGGAGUCACUGCGCGGCGCUUCGAGGAACGUUUGGAAGUGAUGGCCUGCGCUGGAGUUCCCCUGGAUGAGCAGGAGGUGACGGAGCGGGGCGCUCAGGGGGCGGAGCGCACGCUGCCGGCGCUGCACCCAGACAGGAAGGAGGAGCGCUGCUUCGUGCCCUACAGACCUCCUCCAGAAGGAGGCUCUCCUGCUGAGGUGGAGGAGUUCUUGGAACGGGCCAGGUUCAUCGUGGAGGAUCUGGAGUGGCUGCUGGCGCUGCCCCACGACAGGUUCUGGUGUCAGGUGGUGUUUGAUGAGUCCCUGCAGACGUGCCUGGACUCGUACCUGCGUCACGCCCCGCGCGGCCUCGACCUCAACCCGCUGCCCGCCUCGCCCGCCGCGGGCGCCGUCCAGCGCGCCGUCCACCGAGCCGUGUUCUUGACCUUCCUCCGGAUGUCCACGCACAAAGAGUCUAAGGAGAACUUCUUCACGCCCGCCGUGUUCGCAGAGAUCAUCUACAACAACUUCCUGUUCGACAUUCCAAAGAUCCUGGAUCUGUGUGUUCUGUUCGGGAAGGGCAACGGGCCGCUGCUGCAGAAGAUGAUCGAGAACGUUUUCGGCCAGCAGCCGGCGUACUUCAGCGACCUGAGCGAGACGGUCCCCACCGUGCUGCAGGUGUUCGACUCGGUCCUGGACAGGUGCGGCCUUCAGUGUGAAGCAGCUUCGGCCUCGCAGCCGAUGAAGCUGCAGUCGAACCAGCGAGCCUCGUCCAUGAGCAUGACUCAGCAGGAACUUUCAGACCUGGUCCUGUACCUGUGCGACUCCACCACCACCGUGCACGCCUUCCUGGACAUGUUCCCCGCAGCCUGCUCCAGCUUCCACGCCCUCGGCUUCCUGGGCAGGCUGACCUCGUUCUACGAGAGCGCCGUUCCGGACCUGGAGAAGGCCGUGACGAGCAGGACCUUCGACGAUGGCCGUCUGCAGGAGGACCUGUGGACUCGGCUGAGCCACUCCUGCCGUAAGAUGGUGGAGACGGCUCACCUGCUGCUGCACCACACCUGCCUGCAGCCCAUCCUGGACAGCCAAGAAAACAUCCAGAUGUUUGCAGACGAACUGCUGCAACAUUUCUCGUCUUUUCUGCCGGAGAAACGGUUUUUGGUGGACUACGACGAGCAGUUUCCCAUCGCAGACGACAUCAGCCUCCUGCAGCAAGCCCUGCCGCUCAUCGAUGAAACCAGGACGUCGUAUUUGCUUCAGGGGGUUGAAGGUGCCUGGGACAACGUGGGCCGACAGAAACCGCAGAGCCACCUUCAGAACAAACCUUCCUCCUCCUCUUCCUCGUUGUUGGCAGCCAAUCAGGGAGCGACAGGCGGCGUCGCGCCUCAGGAGGUCCUGAGAGGAGCAGAGGGCGGGGUGGACGUCCCCCCGACAGGAUCAUCUUCACACGGCACCGUGUGUCCCGUGAGCGGCCCGGAGCUCGAGUCUCUCCUGUCCUGCAUCAAGGACCUGCUUCCUGAUUUGGGCGAAGGCUUCCUGUUGGCGUGCCUGCAGGAGUACGACUACAACUCUGAGCUGGUCAUCAACAACAUCCUGGAGGACCGCUUGGCCCCCAGCCUGGAACAACUGGACCGAUCCAUGCCCAGGCCGGCCAAGGAGGAGCUUCCUGCUGUCCUGGACAAGCGGUCCAACGUGUUUGACGAUGAUGAGUUCGACGUCUUCCGCAGGGACCAGGUGGACAUGUCCCGUAUCUGGAAGGGCAGGAGGAAAGGCGAGAGCACUCGAGAGACGCUCAACGACAAAAAGCACGUAGCAGAGCAGCGAGCUCGUUACCAGGCCUACGAGACCGUGGUGGACGAGGUCGAGGUCGAUCCCGCCGCCGGCUACGCUCCGGACGACUACGAGGACGAGUACGACGACACGUACGACAUGAACCAGGUGGGAGCCAACGACCUGGACGGGGACAGUUUGCUCAGCAGAAGGCCCUUCACCGUCCCACAGGUUCUGAGGAAAGCAACCAAAGCAGAGGAGGAGGAGGGUGAAGAAGACGAGGAGGAAGACGUUUUCCAGAACAACGUGAAUAGAGACCAGUUCGUUCAGGACCCGGCCGUGCUGAGGGAACGAGCCGAAGCCCGGAGAGCUGCCCUGCAGCAGAGGAGAGGCUUUCGACCAGAGCGACCCAGCAACGUGGUGGGACAACCCAAAGGCCAGGGACAGUCCUCAGAGACGGUCUUGGACAGACGCAAGAAGGAGACCAACAAGAGCCGCACAGCCAAUCACAACCGGCGCACGAUGGCCGACCGCAAGAGGAACAAAGGCAUGAUCCCGUCCUGACGACCCCAACGUCCUCAGGGGGCCAGAGACCCAGCAGGGGGACAGCCCUCAAGUAGCUGCAGAGGCCCAGAGUUUGAACUUUGGACAUUAAGUGACCAGAAGAACAACUUAACACAAAUUAUUAUUUGAUUUACAAAAAUACAGAGUGCAGACCAAAAAAGUGACUAUUUUCUGACGAAGGUAAAUGUGUUUAACGCCGUUAACGAAAACACUUGAUGGGACUACAUGAUCCU